UUAUCCCGCGCAGAAAAGAUCAAAAGCCUACUGCUAAGAAAAGUACGGCCUCGUGGUGCCGCCCGAUGCGGUUGCGAGAAAAGCAGAUAGAACAAGAAGAGAUUUUGUGUUCUCCUCGAUCUUCGUGGCCCCCUUGUUCUGUGAGCCGCAGGACACGCCACAGGAUCAACUUUCGAGGUUCCUCCUGGAGGACCAACGGAUGCUAGCAGAUGGGAUUUUGCAAGUCAGGCAAGACAGAUGGUCGCGUGACCCACGGCACGCAUUACAAAUAGGAUCUUUUAUUUCAGACCCAGACAUAUUUGCAGUCGAUAGCACGUACCUCAAAGCGAUUUUGGGUUUGGGGAAGGAAAUCAAGGGCGAGAUCAAGUGUCUACAGGUGGUGGACUGAGAAGUUUCUGCUCCGGCUCGUGCGGUGUAAUUUUUUUGAUUUAUUUAUUCCAUAGACAUAGUGGUCAUGGUCAUGGACCUAGACGUAGACCCGGCGCUUCUGGUUCUGCAAGGGAAAUGAAAUCCUUUUUUGAGUACGGUAUUGUGGUUUAAUGCUUGUUUCAACGUAACAAACUAGAACUACCCUGUAGUGAUCUCCCUCUACUAGGAGGUGCGCUCUUGCAAAACAAACUUUUCAAAAUGCAGUUUUUUUGUCUGUCUCCAAAAAACUGUUGUACCGCCGCACCAACGAGUGCGAGCAUACCGAACGGUAAUAUUCUGAUCUG